AUGGCGGCAUCCCUGAUCCCAGAUCCCGUGAUCUCGACGACCUCGACCUGCGCGCCGGAGAGGACGCGCGGCGAGCACGUGUUCAAAAUUGAAGGCUACAGCGUGUGCAAGGGCUUCGGCGUCGGCAAGUUCAUCCGGUCGGCCACCUUCUCCGUCGGGGGCCAUGACUGGUGUGUCCGCUACUACCCCGACGGUGUCACGGAGGCCUACAGAGACUACGUCUCAGUCUACCUCGAGCUCAUGAACAGAGAUGUGGAGGUGCUGGCGCUGUGCCAUCUGACGCUGGUCCAGCAGGCUACAGGGUCGCCGGCACAAUUUGCAUCGCCAAAACUAAUGGCGCCUGUGCUGUUGAGCAGCUCCAUUGGUAGUAUAACCUGGUCCUGGGGCUAUGCCACGUUCGCGACGAGGAGCGACCUCGAAGCGUCUUCGCACUGGUACAUCCCCGACGAUGUGCUUCUCAUUAAGUGUGAGCUCACUGUUAUCAAGCCAAAGGUAGCACAGAUGUCAAUGACCACAAGGAACUUCCACAUCCAAGUGCCUCCUUCGGACUUGUCGGACAAUCUUAGAAGUUUGCUGGAGGAGGGGGAGGGAUCGGAUGUGUCUUUCAAGGUCAAAGAUGAGGUUUUCACUGCCCAUAAGAUCGUCCUCGCAAUGCGGUCGCCGGUCUUCAAGGCCGAACUCUACGGGCCAAUGAGGGACAAAUUUGAGCAAAGUAUAACCAUCAAAGAUAUGGAGCCUGCUGUUUUCAAAGCAUUGCUUCGCUUCAUCUACUCAGAUGAGUUGCCUCCCAUGGACGACCUCAAUGAUGAUGACAAACAAGAAAUGGUCAAGCAUUUGCUCGUGGCCACGGACAGAUACGGCGUGGAGAGGAUGAAGUUGAUGUGUGAGAGAAAACUUUGCAAGUUUCUUGAGGCCAAUAAUGUGGCGACCACGUUAGCUCUUGCUGACCAGCAUCAUUGCAGCAAGCUCAAAGAUGCUUGCAUUGGAUUUAUCAACUCUUUAGAUAGAGUGGAUGACGUGAUGACUAGUACAGGGUAUCAGCACCUGAAAAGAGCAUGUCCUAGUGUCUUUGUUGGUAUGUGGGAGAAAGCUGCGAAGAUUCGCAAAUUACAGUAG